UUAUUUUAAAACAUCACGGCUGAAACGUUUUGUUGUUUUAUUUUAUGGUCGAGGUCGAGUCGAUUUGCAGAAUUUGUUUUCUUAAAAUGGAUCCUGACACUGCAAAGAAGCUGUUUGAUGUUGGAGCAACAGUCGUUUUCUUGGAUGUUCCUCAAAACACUGAAGUUGGGAUAGAUAUGAAUGUGUGGAGAACUGGAGAUAAAUUCAAAGGCUUGAAGAUGAUACCACCCGGGCUUCACAUGCUGCACUACAGUGCAGUUGGAAAAGAAAGCAUGGCAGCUCCUAGAACAAGCUUUUUUCAUUUCUUUGGUGAAGGAGAGAUCCUUGUUCGGAAAUGGGAUCCAGUGACUGAAACACUUAUAGAAGUUUCAGAUGAUGACAAGGACCGCAUAAAAAGCAACAAGGAGGAGUUGGACAGAUUUUUAGGUGCAUUUCCUUAUGAUACAUGGAAAAAGUGGUAUGCACUGACAAGUCAUGUGUCUGAAGAGAUCAUGAAGAGAGUGCAGCCCGUCUCUGAGAUGUUGUGCUCAGCAUCGCUGCUUGAGGCUGAUGAAGAACAACCAAAGUUUGAUGCAGCUGGAAGCUCAUCAGAAGAGAGGAUGUUGCCAAAGAUGCAUCUCAAGUCUGGCACUGAGCUGAGGUUCACUGCUCUGCCAUCAGCACUGUGUCUGGAAAAUGCAUCUCCUGAGUUUAGAACAGCAUAUUCACUUGACUCAUCAUUAAGACUGGAGAAAAUGCUGGAGGGAAGCAUGGCUCCUUCUCAAUUGCUAGGAGAACUUCAGGUGGCCUUUGUGUCUUUUUUGGUUGGCCAUGUGUAUGAUGCUUUUGAGCACUGGAAGAAACUAGUACACUUAUUUUGCACAUGUGAUGUGGCUUUGAGGAGGUAUCCAGACAUGUUCUUGCAACUCCUGACUUGUAUGCACUAUCAGAUCCAAGAGGUGCCAGAGGACUUCUUCACUGACAUCAUAUCAAAAGAAAACUUUCUGGUGCAUACACUUCACAUCCUGUUCACCAACCUGGAGGAAGAGGAUGUCCCUACAGGCCUGAGACAAAGAGGAAUGCUGUUCAGACAGCAUCUCAUGCAGAAGUUCAAGUGGGAUUUCAGUGAGGAACCAGAUGAGUAUGCACCAACCAUUGUUGAUGCAGAGUGAGUCCAAGGAAUGGACUGAGUCAGCAAUCAGGAUUUGACUGCACCAGACUGCAAUGGUGUUGUGUGUUAGAUGUACAUACAUGACAAGUGAAGUGUCUAUGCUUUUCUUGGGAUAUGCCCAACUAAGUUUAGACUUUAGUAGGAUGAAUGAAUGAAAUGAUAAGUGAAUUCAUAUGGUGCAUUAUUGAGUUGAAAUCACCAGCAAAUUAAAAAAUUGUGCACCUGUUGUGAGUGUAACAGGAUCUCAUUUAAUUCUGUUUUGGAAAAAAACUGUGAACCCAAUUGCUUUCUUAGCCUACAUACAACAAUUUUUUUUAGCGAUUUACAUGAAUGUGGUGUGAUUUAUGAAAUACAUUGAUUUUUACUUUCAA